GUUUCUAAUGCCGUGAACUGAAAGUUUUAUCAGCUCUCUCCGACCCGACGUACGACAGAGUUUCCGACGUCAGAGGGUUUAUUUGAAACCCAAUUAUACUUUAAAUCGUCGAUUUUCACGGUAAUGCAUACAAAACCAUGAAAACCUCAGCUUCUAAAGUCUGAACCCUAAUCAAAUUGUAAUGAAAACAAUGAGUGGAAACGAGUUCAGGUUCUUCCUAUCAUGCGACAUCAAUCUUCCGGUCACGUUCCGGAUUGAACGUCUCGAAGGAAAAUUGCCUCCACCUAAGCUCCCCGGCUCAGAUGGUGUUGAUACUAUGAUGAAUGCAAUCGACGAUAGGAAGCCCGAGUUGUAUGUAGAGAGCACAUUGUACAUCGAUGGCGCUCCCUUUGGACUUCCCAUGAGAACUAGGCUGGAAUCAAGAGGUCCAUCUUACUGCUGGAAUGAGCUUAUCACAUUGAGUACAAAGUAUAGAGACCUAACUGCAAAUUCACAGCUUGCACUUACUGUUUGGGAUGUUUCAUGUGGAAAGAGCGAGGGAGUAAUUGGUGGGGCUACCAUACAUCUUUUUAACAUGAAAAAGCAACUGAAAACAGGGAAGCAUAAGCUUAGACUUUGGUCUGGCAAAGAGGCAGAUGGGUCUAUUCAUACUACAACUCCUGGAAAGGUUCCUAAGGAGGAACGUGGGGAAUUGGAACGCUUGGAAAAGCUUGUGAAUAAGUAUGAGCGUGGACAGAUACAACGAGUUGAUUGGUUGGACCGCCUUGCUUUCAAAUCCAUGGAGAAAAUCAAGGAACGAGAGAACAAUAAAAAUGGGAGUUCUCAUAUAUACCUGGUUAUCGAUUUCUGCAGUUUUGAACACAGAGUUGUUUUCCAGGAGUCAGGAGCAAAUUUCUUACUACCAUCUCCUAUAGCUUCAACAAAUGAGCUGGUUACUGUGUAUGACCCAGAGGUUGGAAAGAUAAAUCCCUCAGAGCAUAAGCAGCUAAAGCUUGCAAGGAGCUUAAAUCGUGGAAUCAUUGACAGAGAUCUUAAACCAAGCUCUACUGAAAGAAAAUCAAUACAAAGAAUAUUAAAGUACCCACCAACAAGGGCUCUGAGUGGAGAUGAGAGGCAACUAUUGUGGAAAUUUCGUUUUUCAUUAAUGUCUGAGAAGCGUGCUCUGACAAAAUUUCUCCGUUGUGUUGAAUGGAGUGAUGUUCAGGAAGCAAAGCAGGCGUUAGAGCUAAUGCACAAGUGGGACACAAUUGAUAUGUGUGAUGCAUUGGAACUUCUCUCUCCCCUUUUUGAAAGUGAGGAGGUCCGUGCCUAUGCUGUCAGUGUUCUUGAAAGGGCUGAUGAUGAAGAGCUUCAAUGUUACCUUCUCCAGUUGGUUCAAGCUCUUCGAUUUGAGCGCUCUGAUAAAUCUCGUCUUUCUCAUUUCCUUGUGCAGCGAUCAUUACGCAAUAUCGAGUUGGCCAGCUUUCUUCGUUGGUUUGUUGCAGUAGAGCUGCAUGAUCCUGCAUAUGCAAAACGCUUUUAUUGCACAUAUGAAAUUCUGGAAGAGAGCAUGUUGAAGUUGGGAGGAAGUGUAAAUGGAGAUGAAGAUGGUUUUAAGUUAUGGCAGAGCCUGGUGCGGCAGACUGAAUUGACAGCUCAACUAUGUUCGAUAAUGAGAGAUGUAAGAAAUGUCCGUGGUGGGACACAGAAGAAGAUUGAAAAGCUUAGGCAUCUUCUUUCUGGCCUUCUUAGUGAGCUUACUUACUUUGAUGAGCCAAUACGAUCACCUCUCACCCCAGGUGUACUGAUUAGUGGGAUCAUUCCAUCAGAGUCAUCAAUAUUCAAAAGUGCAUUGCAUCCACUACGACUAGCAUUCCGAACAGCAAAUGGUGGAUGUUGCAAGAUCAUUUUCAAGAAGGGCGAUGAUCUUCGGCAAGACCAAUUGGUUGUUCAGAUGGUGUCUCUUAUGGACCGACUGCUCAAACUGGAGAAUUUGGAUCUGCAUCUAACUCCAUACCGAGUUCUGGCAACUGGACAUGAUGAAGGCAUGAUGGAAUUCAUACCAUCAAAGUCAUUGGCGCAGAUUCUCUCUGAACAUCGCAGCAUCACAAGCUAUCUGCAGAAGUGGCACCCUGAUGAGGAUGGACCAUUUGGCAUUACAUCCACAUGUCUUGAAACAUUUAUUAAAAGCUGUGCUGGCUACUCAGUUAUCACUUACAUAUUGGGUAUUGGAGACAGGCAUCUUGACAACCUUCUACUCAGAGAUGAUGGCAGACUAUUUCAUGUUGAUUUUGGUUUCAUUUUAGGCAAAGAUCCAAAGCCCUUUCCACCCCCUAUGAAGCUUUGCAAAGAAAUGGUUGAAGCUAUGGGUGGAGCAGAAAGCCAAUACUACACGAGGUUCAAAUCCUAUUGCUGUGAAGCAUACAAUAUACUCCGGAAAUCAAGCAACUUAAUAUUGAACUUGUUUCAUCUAAUGGCGGGUUCCAAUAUCCCAGAUAUAGCUUCUGAUCCUGAAAAAGGCAUUCUUAAGCUUCAAGAGAAGUUUCGAUUAGACUUGGAUGAUGAGGAGUGCAUACAUUUCUUCCAGGACCUCAUCAACGAGAGUGUCAGCGCAUUAUUCCCACAAAUGGUUGAAACCAUUCACCGCUGGGCACAGUAUUGGCGGUGAUCUAUGGCACAAUUGUUACUUGUUAGGUUUCUGCAAAGACCACGGCUUUAUUAACUUCACUAGAACUUAAGUAAAAAAUCCAUCUGCUCACUUCCCUCUAUCCCAGCUUUGAUAUGGCUUUCUUUCUACAACUGUAUAUAGACUUUGUUGCCCUACUAAUUGCUACACCAUUAGUUUGAGAAUAUAAUGUAAUUAUUAGUUAAAACCUUAUCAGUUAUACCAUAUCAUGAAAUCACAAAAAA